AUGAAUCCUGGGAGUCAAUCAGAAUCAUUUACGUGUGCCGUCUGCAGGAAGAAAUUUAGGUACAAAAAAUGGUUGGACCAUCAUCAAACAACAUUUCAGGACUUGAAGCACAAGAGAUUUUGCAUUGUGUGUGGAAUAAUGUUCAAACUACCAACAACGUUGAGAAAGCACAUGAAAACUCACACAAAGGCACCGAAAAAAUCGAGAAGGUCUUUCCUUUGUCAAAUCUGUGGUAAGCUUUUCAAACAAAGUUUAGUUAUGUGGGGCCAUAUAAGAGUCCACACUGUGAAAGAAAUUGUAAACCCUGGGACACUAACGCGCCCCCCUGACAGGAGUUCUGUGCACGAGUGUGGUCUGUGUGUCAGGGUGUUCUCUAAGAAAAGUUACUUGCUGAUACACAGGAAGGUACACGAAAGGCCCGACACUCAAAAAUGUCAAGUCUGCAACGCAGUGUUUGGUAGUCUGGGUGCCCUGAACCGCCACAAGC